AGUUUUUUUUAUUUCUUCUUUAACUUUUUGUAAACCCCUAAUUCUUGUCCAUCGGUUUUCACUUCCACAAGUUCGCACAAUACACAAAACCCCAUUCUUUUUCUUCAACCUCUUCACUCUUCACUCUUCCCGCCGCCGCACCGUCUCCACCACACCACCACCUCACUCCUUUUACAGUUCACUCAUCCAACUCCCACCGUUACUGCUCAAACCCAUCAAUGGCGAAAUCAUCAAAACGCAGCAUCGCCAAUGGAACCAACAAAAGCAACAACAAAAACACCGGCAAGAAGAAUAAGAAAAACAAGAUGGGUCCAGAAGGUGUAGCGAUGAAAUCAAAGGCUCCUAAGGUGAACGAUAACCCUUUUGAGACGAUUUGGUCGAAGAGGAAGUUUGAUAUUAUGGGACAGAAGCGUAAAGGAGACACCAAACGAUUAGGGUUAGCUCGUUCGAUUGCUAUUGAGAAGAGGAAGAAGAGAUUGUUUAAGGAGUAUGAACAGAGUAAUAAAAACUCUGAAUUUAUUGAUAGGAGAAUUGGUGAGAAUGAUGAAGGACUUGAUGAUUUUGGAAAAGCUAUUCUUAGAUCGCAGCGCGAACGCCAGUUGAACGUGAAAUUGAGUAAAAAAAGCAAGUAUCAUUUGUCAGAUGGAGAAGAGGAUGAUGAAUUUGAAGGAAUUGAUGCUCUUGGAAGGGAUGAUUUUGAGGAUGACAUACCUGGUGAAGAUGGUGGCGAUGAAUUUGAUAAGGAAUCAGAUUUAGCUCAGCGUCUUGAUGCUUAUAGUAUGCAGAGUCCGGGGGGGAGAGGUGUGGCCGACGGUGAAGAAAAAAUACGUAAAUCCAAGAAGGAAGUGAUGGCCGAGGUUAUGGCAAAAAGCAAGCUUUUCAAGGCUCAAAAAGCAAAAGAAAAGGGAGAAGAUGAAGAACUCCUCCAAGACUUAGAUAGUAAAUUCACAUCUCUGGUUCAUUCCAAGGCCUUGUUGUCUCUGACUGAACCAAACAAGAUGAAAGCUUUGAAAGCUCUGGUGAACAAUAGUAGUAUUUCAAUUGAAAAAAGUGAUAAAGAUAGCUUGUCUGCUACACAGGCAACGAAAAUGUUUGUGCAGGAAAAGCCUGAUGAGUAUGACCAAACUGUAAGACAAUUGGGAUUUGAAAUGCGUGCUCGUCCUUCAGAUAGGCUGAAGACUCCAGAAGAGAUUGCUCUGGAGGAAAGAGAACGAUUAGUGGCGUUGGAGGAACAACGGCAGAAGAGGAUGGCCGCUGUUGAAGAUUCAAGUGAAGAAGACGACGAAGAUUCAGAAAAGCCAUCAAUACAGAAACCAAGAUCUCUCUCUGGUGAUGACCUUGGCGAUUCCUUCUCUGUCGACGAAGAAACUAUACCUAAAAAGGGUUGGGUUGAUGAGAUUCUUGAGAGAAAAGAUGAGGAGGAGGGUUCUUCCAGUGAAGAUGAUGAUGGUGAAGAAGAUGACGAUGGUGAAGAUUCUGAUGAUUUGGAAAGCUCUGAAGAUCCCGAUGCAGGAUCAGAGGAUGAUCUUGAUGAACACAAUAAGAAUAUUACUUUGAGAGACUGGGAACAGAGUGAUGAUGAUGAUAUUAGUGCAGGUUCAGAUGAAGAUGAUGAUGAGGACGGAGAAAGAGCUGCUGAAGAAGUUGAUAAAGUAAAAGGGUUGAAUGUUGGGGUUCAUAAAAAAACAAAGAGAAAUGAUUCUGCUGAAAGCGUAAAGGGAGAUAAUGGUUCUUUAGAUGCUAAGAAGAUAGUCGUUGGAGGGAAAAUGUCGAAAGGGUUAGAGAUUCCUUAUAUAAUUGAAGCUCCGAAGACCUUUGAAGAACUAUCUUCACUGGUGGAUAAACGUUCAAAUUCUGACAUUAUCUUAAUCAUCAAUCGGAUUCGGAAAAACGAUUCAAUCAAAGUUGCUGCAGAAAAUCGAAAGAAAGUGCAAGUAUUUUAUGGAGUAUUAUUGCAGUAUUUUGCUGUUUUGGCAAAUAAAAAACCAUUGAAUGCUGAGUUAGUUAAUAUGCUGGUGAAGCCGUUGAUAGAGAUGAGUUCAGAAGUCCCAUACUUUGCUGCAAUAUGUGCCCGUCGCAGAAUAGAAACCACUAGAAAGCAAUUUGUUGAGAGUAUAAAAAACGCAGAAAGUAGCAGUUGGCCUUCUUCAAAGACGCUGUGUCUCUUUCGAUUGUGGUCCAUGAUAUUUCCAUGUUCUGAUUAUAGACAUCCAGUUACGACUCCUGUGGUACUAUUGAUGUGUGAAUAUCUGAUGCGUUGCCCAAUAACAUCUGGCCGGGAUAUUGCCAUUGGAUCUUUCUUAUGCUCUAUGCUUCUCUCUGUGUUGAAACAGUCCCAGAAGUUUUGUCCUGAAGCAAUAGUAUUUAUUCGAACUUUACUGCUGGCAAUCACUGACAGUAAACAUAACUCAAGCAAAGAUUCCCAGCUAUAUCAUCAUAUGGAACUGAAAGAUCUUAAGCCUCUACUGUGCAUAAAUGAGGCAGUUGACAAGAUUAGCCCUCUGAAUUUCUUUAAGUUAAUAGACAUGCCGGAAGACGAUCCUUUCUUCAUUACCGAUGGUUUCAGGGCUAGUGUAUUAGUUACUGCUGUAGAAACUCUACAAGGAUAUAUCAAUACCUAUGAUAACUUAAGUUCAUUCCCGGAAAUAUUUUUACCGAUAUUAGGAUUACUACGUGAGAUAUCUGAACAGAAAAAUAUGCAAAAUGCAUUACGAGAUAAAUUUAAAGAUGUGGCUGAGCUCCUUAAGUUGAAAGUGGACGAACAUCUUGCUUUGAGGCGACCACUUCAAAUGCGGAAACAAAAGCCAGUUCCAAUCAAAUUACUGAAUCCUAAGUUUGAGGAAAACUAUGUUAAGGGUAGAGAUUAUGAUCCAGACCUUGAGCGAGCUGAACGGAGAAAAAUGAAGAGACUGGUGAAGCGUGAAGCUAAACGCACUGCUCGUGAUUUACGUAAAGACAACUGCUUCUUGCUUGAGGCGAAGGAUAAAGAAAGGGCUUUAAUGCAGAAAGCAAGAGCUGAGAAGUACGGAAAGACUAAAGCUUUCCUUCAAGAGCAAGAACAUGCUUUUAAAUCUGGACAACUAGGAAAAGGGAGGAAGAGAAGCAGAUAAUUUUUUAUAUAAAUUAAUAUUAAAACUUGUGGGGUUUUGCCUGCAAAUAUACUAAUCAAUCUUGUGCCAUUGUUUAUUUAUUUUUUUGAAAACUAACGCUGGUUAGAGUCUAUAGCAUAGGCUUUUAUAUCCCUAAAACAUUAAAAUGUUCAUGACUGUGUAAGACACUCUCAAUUUAGUACCUAAGAAUAUGAAUAUUUUAAUUUAAUUAUA